CUAUAAACAGGCUAUUACGCGGAAAGCACAUAUAAAUUCCCGAAUAAGCCCGCAUAAAUAUUGACAGUCGUCGGAUAGGAAAGUUAAGUUAGGACUAGGAGCUAACCACACCGACGACAAUGGCCAAUAACAACUACGCUGGGUUCAACUACGGCGGCACCCAGUACAAUACGGGUCAGGUCUCGUACCCGGCAGUAACCAAUGCCACCUACGCGAACGCUGCCGCCUAUCAGAGCGCCGCUGUGGCCGCCGGACAGGGGGGCUAUGGCGGAGCAGCUGGGGCAGGCGGUGGCUACGGCGACUACCGGAGUGCCAUGCAAUCGUACGAUGCCACCAAGACAUUCUAUCAGCAAUCGUCGGCCAGCUACAACGCCUCCGGAUCGACAGCCUCGGUCAGCAAGACGCACUACUCGGCCCCGCCCGUCAAGAACCAGGUUAAGGGCAAGAUGGACAAGUCCAAUGGUGGACCAAAGCCGCCCAGCUCGGCUCCUCCGUCCGGCAACAGCUACAGCGGCUAUGAUACGGCCCUCUACAAUGCAGCCAGCAUGUACGUGGCCCAGCAGCAUCAGGGCAAUCCCAAUCAGAAGCCAAAUGGCGGACCCAAUAACUGGUAUCAGCGGAAGAUGGGGCCCACUAUUCCGGGGGCUCCGGCUUUGAGGGGUAUGCGUCCCAAGGCGCCACCACGGCCCCAGCAGUUGCACUACUGCGAGGUUUGCAAGAUAUCGUGCGCCGGACCGCAGACCUAUCGGGAGCAUCUGGAGGGGCAGAAGCACAAGAAACGCGAGGCCUCGCUAAAGAUGUCCGCGAGUGCCACCAGUACCACCCAGAACCGGGGCAACAACUACCACUGCGAGCUGUGCGAUGUGACCUGCACAGGAACGGAUGCUUACGCCGCCCAUGUGCGCGGCGCCAAGCAUCAGAAGGUGGUGAAGCUGCAUCAGAAGUUGGGCAAGCCAAUUCCCUCGGAGGAGCCCAAGAAGAUGGGCAAGAUCAACUUUGUGCCCGCCGCUGCUGGGGCUGGCGGAUCAGCAGGAGCUGCGAACGCCGUCAAGCCUGAGGGCGGCUCCAACGAUGGCGAUGCAGCCGGAGAUCUCGAUGAUAACCUAGACGAUUCGCUGGGAGAGAACACGGACAACAUUAAGCCGGUGGGCGGCGAGUAUAUCGAAGAGGUCAAGGACGAGGAGGGCAAGAUACUAAGCUUCAACUGCAAGCUGUGCGACUGCAAGUUCAACGACCCCAAUGCCAAAGAGAUGCACAUGAAGGGCCGCCGUCAUCGCUUGCAGUACAAGCGGAAGGUGCAGCCCGAUCUGGUGGUGGACUUUAAGCCCACUCCUCGUCAGCGGCGUCUGGCCGAGGCCCGUGCCAACCGGGCCAUGAUGUCCUCGCAUCGAGGUGGUGACGACCACGAGGGCAACUACUGGGAAGAGCAGCGUAACCGGCAAUACAACGAGGAAUAUGACUACAACAACUGGAUGUCGCGCAGUUUCGGAGGUGCUCAGCGCUUUGGUCGCAUGGGCAAUGGACCGCCGCCACACUUUGGAAUGAUGCCCGGCGGCAAUGUUCGACGACCGGAGAGCAGCGACGACCGCCACGCCAUUGCGCGUCACGCCGAGAUCUAUCCCAAGGAGGAGGAGCUGCAGACCAUCCAGCGCAUCGUCUCGCACACCGAGCGUGCCCUUAAACUGGUCUCCGAUGCCUUGGCCGAGCAGCCCAGCGAUGCGGCAGCGGCCAAUAAGAAGGACAAGGCCGACAAGCCAUCGGAGAAGGAUGGGCGUGACAACCAGAUCUUCUCGUUCCACAAAGACGCCGACAAUGGUGGCAAUGUGGUGCGCAUCCUGAAGGGAGUGAUGCGCGUGGGCUACCUGGCCAAGGGGCUACUGCUUCACGGCGACAACGCCGUCGAGCUGGUCGUCCUCUGUGCUGAGAAGCCGACGGCUGGUCUCUUGCAGCGUGUGGCCAACGUGCUGCCCGACAAACUCAAGGAGGUGGCAGGCGACAUUCAGGUCAAUUAUCGCGUUGAGGUCAACGCCGAGGAUGCUGCAUUGAUUGUGCUGGACGAGUCUGUCUCGGUUAAGAUUACCCUCACUUCGCCUUUGCUGCGCGACACCAAUCCUGGCGAGGUUUCCACCAGCGAAGAAGGUGAUGGUGAAGGCGAUGCCGAAUUCUUGGCUCGUGAGCCCUGCCUGCGUGCCUUGGCUGACUUGCGGCACGCCAAGUGGUUCCAGGCUCGGGCCACUGGCCUGCAAUCGUGCGUCAUGGUCAUCCGCAUCCUGAGGGAUCUGUGCCAGCGCGUGGCCUCCUGGCAGUCGCUGCCCCAGUGGUCCUUGGAACUGCUCGUGGAGAAGGUGAUCUCGUCGGCUGGCUUCCCCAUCUCACCCGGCGACUGCAUGCGCCGGAUUAUGGAGGCCCUGUCGUCGGGAUUCUUGAUCAACGGACCCGGCUUGCUGGAUCCCUGCGAGAAGGACCCGACCGACGCCCUGCUCGAGUUGACCAAACAAGAACGCGAGGAUCUCACAGUGUCGGCACAGCUCUUCCUGCGCUACAUUGCCUUCCGCCAGAUCUACAAGGUACUCGGCAUGGAGCCGCUGCCGGCCAUGAAGUUUCCCAUGCGUCCGUGGCGCGUCAACCGCAAGCGGCGCAGGUCAUCGGGCAAGGCAGGUGGCACCCCCGGCGGGGAGACCGAGUCCAAUGACAUCGACGAGACCGGCUCCGACGAGAAGGUGGCCAAGAAGGAGGGCGCCUAGAUGGCGGCAAUAGUUUAUAUACACCUAGAUGGCUACUAAUAUUACAAUUUCUCUCAAGAUAAGCACGCGUCCAAGCGUCAUUUAACUAUAACCAACACUCUUGUCUCUCCACGAGUAUUCAAUCCAAUGUGGCGCAUACGACAGGUGUAAUGCAUGUGCAACAUGCAGCCCGAUUGGCAAUUAGAGAACCCCCCCUAUACAAACAAUCUUUAACCUACCAUAUUUAGCGGAUCAUACAACUUGUAUUUUUCUAGCAUUAGUGCAGCGGAAGGCAAAUGUAUUCAGUUUAGAUGUGGACAUCUGGAUUCCCACGAUUCACACCAAUACAAUAUAUACAUACAUACAAGAACGAAUCGGAUUUUAAUAAAACGUAAUGAACAACUAUAA